AGUAAUUUUAGUUCUUCAUCUUAUUUAUUUCAGUUAGUUGUCAAGUUUUCAACUAAUAUUUAUAUUUUAUUUCAGCUUUAUUUCAAUUACUGAAAAUUGUUUUAGUUUUACUAAACAAUAACAACGCUGACACCACAGUAAGUAAACACAACCUUUACAUUCACAUUAACAUCAACUUUUACAUUUUACAUUCACAAAAGUAUGGCAGAACUCCAGAAUCUAAAGAUCCCUGAAUCCUACACUUAUUAAACUGUAAUAUUCACCAGUUACUUAACAUAAUUAAGCCAAUAAAGUGCUCAUGCUGUCCCAGAUACUGAAACUCCUGUCCCAGCAUGUGAGGAGGACACCCAUCCUUUGUCUCCUGCUGACCAUACAUGCUAUAGCAACAGUGUUCGUGAUUCAUCACAAGACUGUUUCAUUACUAAGUGACUACACUGUCCUCAGUAAGAACUAGAACAUGGAAGGAAACACUCUUGACAGAGCCAGGGCUUCUUUGAUAAAUAGCCUAUGGCAACUUAAGACCAUUUAUUUUUUGUACUUAUUGACAUGGAAAGCUGCUGUGCUCUGUGCUGUGGCGCUAUCGGGUAGAAGAGAGAGUCUUAAAGUCCUAAAGUGUGUUCAGAUCUUCAUAAAUUAUGUGAGAGACACAACUGCACUGUAAACAUUUUAAAAUCCUCAUUAAAUUAUGAUUAGCUUUCUUGGGAACCUAUAUGUGAGAGAUUUAAAAAAAGAUUUUGUUGAUCCUGGAACAACAUUCCUGUCCAAAAAUGUAUUCCCAACCCUUAAACCUACUGUAACCCUACAUAUAAGUUCUCCCUUCAAUCAGAAGGAAAUGAUAUAACACUGAUGUAGAAGCACCUAACCCCUAAGCCUAAACUUGACAUAAACUGUAAACUUGUCCCUUAAAUCUAAAUGGUUGAUUGGAAUGUUGUUCCAAGAUCAACAAAGAUGUUGAUCGAGGAACAUGUUGCACUUGGUGAAAUCAGGUUCUGCAUCUGACAGCACUUACCUAGAGUUUAUGAUCAAUAAACUGUAGAAGAAGAAAUGUGUUCGAAAGUAGAUGGAGAAGUGCAGUGCAAGUGCCUUCUGGUAUUGUGUAAAAAUGAUAUUUAACAGGAGCAUUCAUUGACCAAAAGUGUUUUUAAAGUUGAGUUCCCCAGAAUACCUAGUUGUAUUGUCCAUCAGUGCGUGAAGUGUAAAAGGCCGUGUUGCUGAAGGCUGUGAAUCAGGCUGGUCUCAUGACUGCCACGACUCUCUAUUCACUCUUUGUUUGUUUGCCUGCAGGCUAAAUUUGCUCUCGAUAACAAGUAUAAAAGAACACCAUCUUCUCCUUCCUAUCAAAGAGAAUACUUUCAGUUACAGAACUGCUGCGGAUGAUACAGAAGACUUGGGAAAAGAGGCAAGCAUUAGGAAAAAAAAAUGCAAUGGGAAACUAUCACAGGAAACAAAAUGACAAGGUGUUCGGUUGAACAUCAUUGUCUUUCUUGAAUUAUUUUGUACAAAGUAGCAGGGAAAUCAGGCUUAGUAUAGGUAAAAAAUUAUUCCAUCUGGAGUCUUUAUACUAGCAUUCUAGAGUUUGACUGUGUGCUGCUUUUGUACACUGGCCACUAACAGAGAGGAUGAGUAAGUGUAAGAGAGAUCUGAGUGAGAGAGAGAAAGAACGGUUGCUCAUCCGCAGGGCCAGCGGAGCCAACGCCUCUCAGCUGGCUCAUAUGGAGAAGAUGCUACAAGAAACCAAAGGCCUGCUGGAGAAGAAGACAGAGCCGGAUUCAGAUAGCAAAGCCUGUGGUGACACUAUGGUGUCUGAUCUGGAGCAGAAGGUCCAGCGCAGCAAGCGAGACCGUCGUAACUCCCUCCAUCGCACACAGCUGCUGGAGAGUCAGAUGAAGACGGUUCGCGGUGAGCUCGUGGGCACGCUGGACCACCUGGAGGAACUGCGCAACAUAUUGCGACGCUCACAGCAGAAAUCAGAAGAACGGGAUGCAGCCAUGCAAAAACUUGCUGCAGGCCUGAGGUGAGACACCACCUGUCCACCUUCAGGUCAUGGGUUACCAAACCGCUCAUCGUGAAGACUUUGAGACACCACUGUUCAUCUGAAAUAUUUGUUUGACUGCGCAUCCAGAAUGACAUAAUUUUUCACAUUGGCUCACACAUUCCUGUGCAACCAAAUGCUGUCGUAAUAUCUCUGGUAAAUAAUUAAAGCAAGCCACAAUUAUUUAAAGGGCGUGUUUACCCUCCAAAGAUAGACACAGUUCUCUCAUUUGGUUGCCAAGAUCUCUGAUGUGUGUGUAUCGUAGCAUCCUGUUGUUAUUUCCUGUUUUCACUGAAAUGUAGCCUUAAACCACAAUUUACAAUUUAAGUACAUAGACAUCCACUCAAUGUCCUGUUAACUUGUGAAAUAAAUUUCACACCCUGUCAUUUUUGACACGUUAUGGUAACAAUUAACCGUGUGUGUGAUGGCUUCAGGCAAGUGUUUUUUUGUUUGUUUUUUUUUCACUGGAUUUGUUUUGUAAGACAAAACAGAUUGUGUACAUUGUCUUAAGUUGCUUUAUAUGUGGUAUAAGGAAAGUGUCAAAUGUGUCCAGCAUUUCUUGAUAUGGAUGCUUUAGUCACCUAUAUUCAUAGCUGCUUUUGCCUUAUUAUUAAUUAUAAGGUUUAUUCCUGUGAACUUUUACAUGAUUUGUAAUAUUACAGUAGCCUACAUGCUUUUUCAACAUUAUUUUUAAUCACCAAUUCAGUAAUGUAGGUACACUUUAAAGAUUGUGUGUGUUUAUGAUUUUAUUCAUUAAAAUAUUGAUAUGUC